CUGCCAAAGUGCCAAGACACAUUCUCUCAGAGUCAAGAUCGAUCCAGAUGGGGGAGGGCAAUGCCGGUUCGGCAGCGCGGCCGUCGUCGUCAUGCCGCCGAGGGCCGGGAGGGUGCGGGCUGGCGCUUGCCCGGCUGGUGCGGAGGCUGCGCAGGCGGAGCAAGAUGCUGUGCACGGCCGCGCGGCCAGCCGCCGCGUCCCGGUACUGCCACCAGUACGACCCGCUCAGCUAUGCCCGCAACUUCGACUGCGACGGCUACGGCGACGACGUCUCCGGCGCCGGCCACCUCUGCCACCACUACACCUUCGCCUCACGUUUCGUGCUCGCCUCCUCCGGCGCCCGACAGCCCGAUAGAUUAUAGGCCGGCCGGCUCGCGAUCGAUCUUGUUGCUGCGAGCAGAGUAGCGUCUCCUUUUGUUUAGGAGGAGCAAGCACUCCUUUUGUUUUGUUCUUUGUCGAUCCCCUCACCUGCAGCGAGCCUGAAGGCGACUGUGGUCAUAGUUGGGUGAGAUGAUGGUUGUAGAAUUUCCAGGCCUCCUUGGCCCCUUCAAUUUUCGGCCACUUGGGGAGCUGCAGGAAAUGUUUUCAAGAUAUACAACCAACAUUUCGAAAAUUUCCU